GAGGCCGGGAAGGGGGCGGGCGCGCAGGGAGAGAGCAGGCUUUGACCGGUAGUAACCCCUGCGCUCCGCGCAGCCGAAUCUAUAAAAGGAACUAGUCGCGGCAAAAACCAGCGAUUCCGAGGGAGAGGGAGAGGGGCCGGGACCUACAGAGCGGAGUCUACUCUCUUGGUCCCCGAGCUGGGCAGGGCAGGGGGCGCCGGGAGACCCACGCAGCUAAAGCCACUUUCUCGGGGGGCGCUUCCGCUCCCUGCGCCCCCACCCUUCGCUGGAAGGGUUUGUCAAGGGGUGGGCAAGAAACGCAAACGCAGAAGUGGAAAACAGUUAAUGACCAGCCACAGUGUCCCUGCCGUGAGCUCUGGCCACUGCCUCCGGGGCUCCCAAGCCACACACAAGUUUCUGUGCUGUUGGAGGAGGUAACAUGGCUUGUUGGCCUCAGCUGAGGUUGCUGCUAUGGAAGAACCUGACUUUCAGAAGAAGACAAACAUGUCAGCUAUUGCUGGAAGUGGCCUGGCCUCUAUUUAUCUUCCUGGUCUUGAUCUCUGUUCGGCUAAACUACCCACCUUACGAACAACAUGAAUGCCACUUUCCAAACAAAGCCUUGCCCUCUGCAGGAACGCUUCCUUGGGUUCAGGGGAUCAUCUGUAAUGCUAACAACCCCUGUUUCCGUUACCCAACUCCUGGUGAGGCUCCUGGUGUUGUUGGAAACUUUAACAAGUCCAUGGGUGGGGUCAUUUAUUCAAUGAAAACAAAACACCAUGUUUUGGUAGGAUUGAAGCUUCAGGAUUUCCUGAUGGACAAUGAAACCUUCUCUGGAUUUCUGUAUCACAAUCUCUCUCUCUCAAGGCCUACUGUGGACAGCAUGCUAAGGGCUGAUGUCUAUCUCCGCAAGGUAUUUUUGCAAGGUUACCAAUUACGUUUGACCGGUCUGUGCAAUGGAUCAACAUUAGCUGCGAUUAAACUUGGUGACCCUGAAAUUUCCAAGCUUUGUGGUCUACCAGAGGAGAAACUGGAUGCAGCAGAGCAGAUGCUUCAUUCCAACAUAGACAUCCUGAAACCUGUUGUGAGAGGACUGAACUCUACAUCUCCCUUUCCAACUGAGCAUCUGGAGGAAGCCACGAAAACUUUAUUGGACAGUCUUGGGAGUCUGGCCCAAGAGCUGUUCAGCAUGAAGAGCUGGAGUGACAUGCGGCAAGAAGUGAUGUUUCUGACUAAUAUGAACGGCUCCAGCUCCUCCACCCAGAUAUACCAAGCUGUGUCCCGAAUCGUCUGUGGUCACCCAGAAGGUGGGGGGCUGCUGAUCAAGUCUCUCAACUGGUAUGAGGACAACAACUACAAAGCCCUCUUUGGAGGCAAUGGCACUGAGGAAGAUGCUGAAACCUUCUAUGACAACUCUACAACUCCUUACUGCAAUGAUUUGCUGAAGAAUUUGGAGUCUAGCCCUCUUUCCCGCAUUAUUUGGAAAGCACUGAAGCCAUUGCUUGUCGGGAAGAUCCUGUAUACACCAGAUACUCCAGCCACGAGGCAGGUGAUGGCUGAGGUGAAUAAGACCUUCCAGGAACUGGCUGUAUUCCAUGAUGUGGAAGGCAUGUGGCGGGAGCUGAGCCCCAAGCUUUGGGCCUUCAUGGAGAACAGCCAAGAAAUGGACCUUGUCCGGAUGCUGUUGGACAGCAAAGGCAAUGAACACUUCUGGGCACAGCAGUUGGAUGGCUUGAACUGGACAGCCCGAGACAUCCUGGCCUUUCUGGCCAAGCACCCCAAGGAUGUCCAGAAGGUUAAUGGCUCUGUGUACACCUGGAGAGAAGCUUUCAACGAGACCCAACAGGCAAUCCAGACCAUAUCUCGAUUCAUGGAGUGUGUCAACCUCAACAAGCUGGAGCCCAUUCCCACGGAGGUCCGGCUCAUCAGCAAGUCCAUGGAGCUGCUGGAUGAGAGGAAGUUGUGGGCUGGCAUUGUGUUCACUGGAAUCACCCCUGGCAGUGUCGAGCUGCCUCGUCACGUCAAGUACAAGAUCAGAAUGGACAUUGACAACGUGGAGAGGACAAAUAAAAUCAAGGAUGGGUACUGGGACCCCGGUCCCCGGGCUGACCCCUUUGAGGAUAUGCGCUAUGUCUGGGGGGGCUUCACCUACUUGCAAGAUGUGGUGGAGCAGGCAGUCAUCAGGGUGCUGACAGGCAGCGAGAAGAAAACUGGUGUCUAUGUGCAGCAGAUGCCCUACCCCUGUUAUGUUGAUGACGUCUUCCUGAGGGUAAUGAGCCGGUCACUGCCCCUCUUCAUGACUCUGUCCUGGAUUUACUCUGUGGCCGUGAUCAUCAAGGGUAUCGUGUAUGAAAAGGAGACACGGCUGAAGGAGACCAUGCGGAUCAUGGGCCUGGACAACAGCAUCCUCUGGUUCAGCUGGUUCAUCAGCAGCCUCAUUCCUUUGCUUGUGAGCGCUGGCCUGCUGGUGGUUAUCAUGAAGAUAGGAAACCUGCUCCCCUAUAGUGACCCCAGUGUGGUGUUCCUCUUCCUGACCAUUUUUGCCAUGGUGACCAUCGUGCAGUGCUUCCUGAUCAGCACACUCUUCUCCCGGACCAACCUGGCUGCUGCCUGUGGGGGCAUCAUCUACUUCACCCUGUACCUGCCCUACGUCCUAUGUGUAGCAUGGCAGGAGUACGUGGGCUUCACAACCAAAAUCUUUGCAAGCGUGCUGUCUCCUGUGGCUUUGGGCUUCGGCUGUGAGUACUUUGCCCUUUUUGAGGAGCAGGGCAUUGGGGUGCAGUGGGACAAUCUCUUUGAGAGCCCAGUGGAGGCAGGUGGCUUCAAUCUCACCACAUCCGUCUCCAUGAUGCUGUUUGACGCCUUCCUCUACGGAGUGAUGACCUGGUACAUCGAGGCUGUCUUUCCCGGUCAGUAUGGAAUUCCUAGGCCGUGGUAUUUUCCUUGUACUAAGUCCUACUGGUUUGGUGAGGAAAGUGAUGAGAAGAGUCACCUUGGUUCCAGCCAGAAGGGGGUAUCAGAAAUCUGCAUGGAAGAGGAACCCACUCACCUGAAGCUGGGUGUGUCUAUUCAGAACCUGGUGAAGGUUUAUCGAGAUGGCAUGAAAGUGGCUGUGGAUGGCCUGGCACUGAAUUUUUAUGAAGGACAGAUCACCUCCUUCCUAGGCCACAAUGGAGCAGGAAAGACAACUACCAUGUCAAUCCUGACUGGGUUGUUCCCUCCCACCUCGGGCACCGCCUAUAUCCUCGGGAAAGACAUUCGCUCGGAGUUGAGCACCAUCCGGCAGAACCUGGGGGUCUGUCCCCAGCAUAAUGUACUGUUUGACAUGCUGACUGUCGAAGAGCACAUCUGGUUCUACGCCUGCCUGAAGGGGCUCUCAGAGAAGCAUGUCAAGGCAGAGAUGGAGCAGAUGGCCCUGGAUGUUGGUUUGCCACCCAGCAAACUGAAAAGCAAAACAAGCCAGCUCUCUGGUGGAAUGCAGAGAAAGCUGUCCGUGGCCUUGGCCUUUGUAGGGGGAUCCAAGGUUGUCAUUCUAGAUGAGCCUACGGCUGGUGUGGACCCUUAUUCUCGAAGGGGAAUCUGGGAGCUGUUGCUGAAAUACCGACAAGGUCGCACCAUUAUUCUCUCCACUCACCACAUGGAUGAAGCUGACAUCCUGGGGGACAGGAUUGCCAUCAUUUCCCACGGGAAGCUGUGCUGCGUGGGCUCCUCCCUGUUUCUGAAGAACCAGCUGGGAACAGGCUACUACCUGACCCUGGUUAAGAAAGAUGUGGAAUCUUCCCUCAGUUCCUGCAGAAAUAGCAGCAGCACUGUGUCGUACCUGAAGAAGGAGGACAGUGUUUCUCAGAGCAGUUCUGAUGCUGGCCUGGGCAGCGACCAUGACAGUGACACGCUGACCAUCGAUGUCUCUGCUAUCUCCAACCUCAUCAGGAAGCAUGUGUCUGAAGCCCGGCUGGUGGAAGACAUUGGACAUGAGCUGACUUACGUGCUGCCGUAUGAAGCUGCGAAGGAGGGAGCCUUUGUGGAACUCUUCCAUGAAAUUGAUGACCGGCUUUCAGAUCUGGGCAUCUCGAGUUAUGGUAUCUCAGAGACUACCCUGGAAGAAAUAUUCCUCAAAGUGGCUGAAGAGAGUGGGGUGGAUGCUGAGACCUCAGAUGGUACCUUGCCAGCAAGGCGAAACAGACGAGCCUUUGGAGACAAGCAGAGCUGUCUUCGCCCAUUCACCGAAGAUGAUGCUAUUGAUCCAAACGAUUCUGACCUAGACCCAGAAUCCCGAGAGACAGAUCUGCUCAGUGGAAUGGAUGGCAAAGGAUCCUACCAGGUGAAGGGCUGGAAACUCAUACAACAGCAGUUUGUAGCCCUUUUGUGGAAGAGGCUGCUAAUUGCCAGACGGAGUAGAAAAGGAUUCUUUGCUCAGAUUGUCCUGCCAGCUAUGUUUGUCUGUAUUGCCCUGUUGUUCAGCCUGAUUGUGCCACCCUUUGGCAAGUAUCCCAGCCUGGAGCUUCAGCCUUGGAUGUACAACGACCAGUAUACAUUUGUCAGCAAUGAUGCUCCUGAGGACAUGGGUACCCAGGAACUCUUGAACGCCCUCACCAAAGACCCUGGCUUUGGAACUCGAUGUAUGGAAGGAAACCCAAUCCCAAACACACCGUGCUUGGCAGGAGAUAAAGAGUGGACCACUGCCCCAAAUCCCCAGACCAUCACGGACCUCUUCCGAAAAGGGAACUGGACAAUGCAGAACCCUUCACCUGCCUGCCAGUGUAGCAGUGACAAAAUCAAGAAGAUGCUGCCUGUGUGUCCUGCGGGGGCAGGAGGGCUGCCACCUCCACAGAGAAAACAGAACACUGCAGACAUCCUCCAGAACCUGACAGGAAGAAACAUUUCCGACUAUCUGGUGAAGACAUAUGUACAGAUCAUAGCCAAAAGCUUAAAGAAUAAGGUCUGGGUGAAUGAGUUUCGGUAUGGUGGAUUUUCCCUUGGUGUCAGCAAUUCUCAGGCAUUUCCACCGAGUCAAGAAGUUAAUGACGCCAUCAGGCAAGUGAAGAAACACUUGAAACUGGCCAAGGACAGUUCCGCUGAACGAUUUCUCAACAGCUUGGGAAGGUUCAUGAUAGGAUUGGACACCAAAAAUAAUGUCAAGGUGUGGUUCAAUAACAAGGGCUGGCAUGCCAUCAGCUCUUUCCUGAACGUGAUCAACAACGCCAUUCUCCGGGCCAAUCUGCAGAAGGGAGAGAAUCCUAGCCAGUAUGGGAUUACUGCUUUCAAUCACCCCCUGAAUCUCACCAAGCAGCAGCUCUCAGAGGUGGCUCUAAUGACCACAUCAGUAGAUGUCCUUGUAUCCAUAUGUGUCAUCUUUGCAAUGUCCUUUGUUCCGGCCAGCUUUGUUGUGUUCCUGAUCCAGGAGCGGGUCAGCAAAGCAAAGCACCUGCAGUUUAUCAGUGGAGUGAAGCCUGUCAUCUACUGGCUCUCCAAUUUUGUCUGGGAUAUGUGCAAUUAUGUGGUUCCUGCCACACUGGUCAUUAUCAUCUUCAUCUGCUUCCAGCAGAAGUCCUAUGUGUCCCCCACCAACCUGCCUGUCUUAGCCCUUCUACUUUUGCUGUACGGGUGGUCAAUCACGCCUCUCAUGUACCCGGCCUCCUUUGUGUUCAAGAUCCCCAGCACAGCCUACGUGGUGCUCACCAGUGUGAACCUCUUCAUCGGCAUCAAUAGCAGCGUGGCCACUUUUGUGUUGGAGCUCUUCACCAAUAAUAAGCUGAAUAACAUCAACGAUAUCCUGAAGUCUGUGUUCCUGAUAUUCCCGCAUUUUUGCCUGGGACGAGGGCUCAUUGACAUGGUGAAAAAUCAGGCAAUGGCUGAUGCCCUGGAAAGGUUUGGGGAGAACCGCUUUGUGUCACCACUCUCUUGGGACCUGGUGGGACGAAACCUUUUUGCCAUGGCAGUAGAAGGAGUUGUGUUCUUCCUCAUUACUGUUCUGAUCCAAUACAGAUUCUUCUUUAGGCCAAGACCUGUGAAUGCAAAGCUUCCUCCUUUGAAUGACGAAGAUGAAGAUGUAAGGCGAGAAAGACAGAGAAUCUUGGAUGGUGGAGGACAGAAUGAUAUCUUGGAAAUCAAGGAGUUGACUAAGAUAUAUAGAAGGAAGAGGAAGCCUGCUGUUGACAGGAUUUGUGUUGGCAUUCCUCCUGGUGAGUGCUUUGGACUUCUUGGCGUUAACGGUGCUGGCAAAUCAUCAACCUUCAAGAUGUUAACUGGAGAUACCACUGUUACCCGAGGUGAUGCCUACCUUAACAAAAACAGCAUCUUGUCAGAUAUCCACGAAGUACAUCAGAACAUGGGUUACUGCCCUCAGUUUGAUGCCAUCACAGAGCUGCUGACGGGGAGGGAGCACGUGGAGUUCUUUGCCCUCUUGAGAGGAGUCCCAGAGAAAGAAGUUGGCAAGGUUGGUGACUGGGCAAUUCGGAAACUGGGCCUGGUGAAGUAUGGAGAAAAAUAUGCUGGUAACUAUAGUGGAGGCAACAAGCGCAAGCUUUCCACAGCCAUGGCUCUGAUCGGCGGACCUCCUGUGGUGUUUCUGGAUGAACCAACCACAGGCAUGGACCCUAAGGCCCGGAGAUUCUUGUGGAAUUGUGCCCUCAGCAUCGUCAAGGAGGGAAGAUCUGUAGUGCUUACAUCUCAUAGCAUGGAAGAAUGUGAAGCUCUUUGCACUAGGAUGGCAAUUAUGGUCAAUGGGAGAUUCAGGUGUCUUGGCAGUGUCCAACAUCUUAAAAAUAGGUUUGGAGAUGGUUAUACGAUAGUGGUGCGAAUAGCAGGGUCCAACCCUGACCUGAAGCCUGUCCAGGAGUUCUUUGGACUCGCCUUUCCAGGAAGUGUCCUAAAAGAGAAACACCGGAACAUGUUACAAUAUCAGCUUCCGUCUUCAUUAUCUUCUCUGGCCAAGAUAUUCAGCAUCCUCUCCCACAGCAAAAAGCGACUCCACAUAGAAGACUACUCUGUUUCUCAGACAACACUUGACCAAGUAUUUGUGAACUUUGCCAAGGACCAAAGUGACGAUGACCACUUGAAAGACCUGUCAUUACACAAAAAUCAGACAGUAGUGGAUGUUGCAGUUCUUACGUCUUUUCUGCAGGAUGAGAAAGUGAAAGAAAGCUAUGUAUGAAGAGUCCUGUUUACACAGGGAGGCUGAAAGUGAGGAGGAACCAGAUCUUCCUUUGCACCAUGUAAAGUGCUCCAGAGGAAAAAGCUGGAAGAUUUUGUGUGAAGAAGUAAACUGGAUACUGUACUGAUGCUAUUCAAUGCAAUGCAAUUCAAUGCAAUGAAAACAAAUUCCAUUACAGGGGCAGUGCCUUUGUAGCCUAUGACUUGUAUGGCUCUCUAGUGCAAAAGACUUGAAUUUAGUUUAUUACCUUGUAUCUAUGUGAAGCUCUAGUACGGAACCCAGUGGACAUACGGGUUUGAAGUCAUAUUUUUUUGUUCCUGUGUAUUCUCACUGGGAUUGCAACAAUAAUUCAUCAAAUAAUCAUGGCCAGUGAUUAUAAAAAUCAAAAGGUAUGUACAUUCUCACCCAUCGAGACCUGUCAUGCCAGGAGACUGGUUUCCUCAUGACACAUCCAUUGCUGGCAAUGAGUGUGCCAGAACUACUAGUGCCAAGUUGCUCAGAAAGUCUGAGGCACCAUGGUGUGUCACAGCACUUUUCGUGAAAGCUGCUCUGCUUGGAAUUCAUCAACAUCAUUAAAUAUCAGGUGACGAAGUGGUGCCUUGUGUGGCCAUGGUCCUGCUUUGACUCCCUUUUGGUGAGCUGUUUCGGUGGCUGUAACAUGCAAAGCAUGGAUAUGUCUAGACACGGGAAACCUGGUUGUAUUCAUUGUUGUGUUGGUCCGUGCUUGCAGCCAUGUUCGUCCCAGGCCAUAUUUCUGGGACUUUUUAAAUACACUUCAGUCCCGGUAAGUAGCAGAUCAGCAGCUAUUCUGCUGGAAUGAAAGAGACAGGACAGUGUAUUCCAAUUUAGGGAGCCUAUGCCCAUUUGUCCUGAUUAUCUGCUAACACGGUACAUCUCAAGAUCUUUGUUGUUUGACACAAGUGUAAUAUUAUUUCAGGUUUUUAAAAAUUAAUCUAGAAAACAACAAGUAGAGUUGUAUGUUGUCAGAAAUCUUUGUAUUAUUAAUGCCAUUGGGGAUUUUAAAUUGUAUCAGUGACUUCUGAAACCUUAGAGUGGCAUCUUUGUAGAACCCCGUGGUAUAGCGGAGUAUGGCCACGUGGCCUCACUAGCUUUUAUAUUCCUCAUAGAUUUGCAGAUAGCACAUCUUAUUUGUGCCUGGUGACUAGGAAACAAUAUGGUGUCAAAGAUCUCAUGACAUUGUAUUUGGGCUUCUUUAAGAUCUUGUAGAAAACUCAAUUUCAUUUCAUCAAUCAAGUAUUUUUUAUUGUAUUCUCUAGCAGAGUGAGUAUGUGUAUGUGGCAUGGGGAGAAAUUAAGUCUCACUAAAUUUCCUGUGCCAUGUUAUUCAGCUGACUUGUUUACAAAUAUAAGUGGUUUUGUUGUGGUCCUGAGGGCUCAAUGAAAGAAUAUUAGCCAGACUUUUUUUUUAAGUA